UUGAGACAGGAGGCUAUAUAAGCUUUCACAAAAACUGGAAUGAAGAAAAUACUCUCUUCUAACAUCCGAGGAGGAAGAAAACUGGAUAUCAGAUGGUUUCUGCACUAAAACAGAUGAUUUUCUGCUCCUUUGUACAGAAGAAAUUUGACAAUCAGGUGAGAGAAUCGGCAGCCUUGGUGAUCUCACAGGAAAGUGGUCUCCUUCCAUUCCUUCUCCAGUCAGUUUUGGUAUCACAAUGGCAGAGCAACUAAACCUUCCAGAAAAUACAGAUGACUGGACAAAAGAAGAUGUAAACCGAUGGUUAGAAAGCCAUAAGGUUGACCAAAAGCACAGGGACACCUUGAUGGCCCAGGAUGUGAACGGUGCCAUCCUGAAGUGGUUAAACAAAACGAAUCUUGUGGAUAUGGGCAUAACCCAUGGACCAGCUAUCCAAAUAGAAGAGCUCUUCAAGGAAUUACUGAAAACAUCCUCUCGAGAUCCUACUCAGACAUCUAAGGGGACAAAAGGCAGUAAAAAUAUUCCCCCAAAACAAACUGUGAAGCAAAAGGAAAGUAAAGAGACUUUGGAACAAAAACAAAAGAAUAACAACGAUUCAGAUGUGUCCAAUGCCACUACGAGUCCAGUGGCUACAGGCUCCAAGUCACUGAAAGAUGAGCUCAUGGAAGAUGAAACAGAUGACUUAAAGGAGAAGCAGCCAUGCCUAGAACCAACAUGUAUCCCAUAUCCUUUUGAUGAAUCCAGUGAUCCAUAUCGUUAUAAAUUACAUUUCAUUCUACAGCCUGAAACUGGAUCACGCAAUCUCAUGGAUCCAGCACGUGAGUUCAAGGCCUUCACAAAUACAAAAACAGCCACAGAAGAGGAUAUUAAGAUGAAAUUUAGCAACGAGGUUUUCCGAUUUGCCUCAGCUUGUAUGAAUUCACGUACCAAUGGCACCAUUCAUUUGGGAGUUGAAGACAAACCCCAUGGAAAAAUUGUUGGUGUGCAAAUCACCAAAGUCACUAAAGAAGCCCUAAUUGAACACUUCCAUAAGAUGAUACAUCAGUAUUUUGAAGCACAUCAGGUCCAACAAGCAGAGAAGUGCAUUCGAGAGCCCAGAUUUGUGGAAGUUUUACUGCCAAACAGUACUGUAUCUGACAGAUUUGUUAUAGAAGUGGAUGUCAUUCCACAAUAUGCAGAAUGUGGAGAGGACUAUUUCCAGAUCAAAAUGCAAAACUGUAACAACAAAGCAUGGGAACAAAGUUCAAAAUACUCUGUCUUUGUGAGAGAUGGGCCCAAAUCUAAGGACAUCACAAAAAGUAAGUCGGACUUCAAAGCUUUUAAACUAGACUUAAAAAAAGUGGCAGAGUCUAGGAAAGAAGCAGAAGAAAAAUGCAAAGAAAAGCCAAAUAAAAACAAAAGUGAGGGGUCCAAGCUAGUUAAACUGUUGACAGGAAAUCAAGAUUUGCUGGACAAUUCAUUCUAUGACUGGUACAUUCUUGUAACAAAUAAAUGUAACCCAGAGCAAACAAAACACUUGGAUUUCCUCAAGGAAAUCAAGUGGUUUGCUGUGUUAGAGUUUGAUCCCGAAUCAGCAAGGAAUGGAGUCGUCAAAGCUUUCAAAGAAAGCCGAGUAGCAAACCUUCACACUCCAAGUCUGUUUGCAGAAGGGACCACGUGGAGUGACAAGAUUUCUAGUCUGAAUCUUUACCAGCAACCCAGCUGGAUUUUCUGCAAUGGGAGGUCAGACCUUGACAGUGAAAAAUACAAACCCUUAGAUCCAAUUUCCUGGCAAAGGGAAAGAGCUUCUGAAGUCAGGAAACUGAUUUCAUUCCUCACACAUGAAGACAUAAUGCCAAGAGGGAAGUUUUUGGUGGUGUUUCUAUUACUCUCCUCUGUGGAUGACCCCAGAGACCCCCUCAUCGAGACUUUCUGUGCUUUCUACCAAGAUCUCAAAGGAAUGGAAAGUAUACUGUGUAUUUGUGUACAUUCACACAUAUGCCAGGGAUGGAAAGACCUGCUUGAAGCAAGAUUAACGAAACACCAAGAUGAAUUAUCAAACCAAUGUAUUUCUGCCUUAAAUCUUGAAGAAAUAAAUGGCACUGUUCUGAAACUAAAAUCUGUAACUCGAUCCUCAAAGAGAUUAUUGCCCUCAGUUGGUUCAUCUACUGUCCUUCUGAAGAAAGAAGAAGAAAUCAUGACUGCCCUGGAAAUUCUCUGUGAAAAUGAAUGUGAAGACACACUCUUGGAGAAAGACCAGAAAAAAUUAUUAGAAUUCAAGGCAUCCAAAGAGGAAGACUUCUACCGAGGUGGCAAAGUAUCAUGGUGGAACUUCUACUUUUCUUCUGAAAGCUAUUUUUCAUCUUUUGUUAAAAGAGAUAAGUAUGAAAGACUGGAAGAAAUGAUUCAAAACUGGGCAGAUUCUUCUAAACAAACAUGUGCCAAAAUCCUUCAUUUGUAUCAUCAUCCAGGCUGUGGAGGGACUACCUUGGCUAUGCAUCUUCUGUGGGAUCUAAGGAAGAAAUUCAGAUGUGCUGUGCUGAAAAAUAAGACAGUGGAUUUUUCUGAAAUUGGAGAACAGGUGACCAAUUUAAUUACCUAUGGGGCAUCAGGCCAUCAGGAAUACUUACCAGUAUUGCUCCUUGUUGAUGAUUUUGAAGAACAAGAUAAUGUCUACCUUCUGCAAGCUUCCAUUCACACAGCUGUAGCUAAUAAGCACAUUCGAUAUGAGAGACCUCUAGUGAUCAUCCUAAAUUGCAUGAGAUCACAAAAUCCUGAAAAAAGUGCAAGGAACUCAGACAGUAUUGCCCUAAUACAACAACUGUCUCCCAAAGAACAGAGAGCUUUUGAGCUUAAAUUGAAAGAAAUCAAAGAGCAGCAUAAAAACUUUGAAGAUUUUUAUUCCUUCAUGAUCAUGAAAAACAAUUUUAAUAAAGAGUACAUAGAAAAUGUGGUGAGGAAUAUUCUGAAAGGGCAGAAUAUUUGUACCAAGGAAGCAAAACUCUUUUCUUUUCUGGCUCUUCUGAAUUCAUAUGUGCCUGAUACCACCAUUUCACUCUCACAAUGUGAGAAGUUCUUAGGUAUCUCAAACAAGAAGGCUUACUGGGGAACAGAAAAACUUGAAGACAAAAUGGGCACCUUCUCUACAAUUCUGAUAAGAACAGAGGUGGAAGAAUGUGGGAAAUACUGUGGAGUGCGCAUCAUUCACCCUUUGAUUGCGAUUCUCUCACUGGAAGAAUUGAAGAAAAGCUAUAACUUGGAUAAAAGUCAAAUUAUGCUGGAUUUGCUCACAGAAAAUAUGUUCUAUGAUGCUGCCAUAGGAAAAAGCAAAUUUCUCCAAGAUAUGCAAACCCUGCUGCUCACACGACAGCGAAACGAACCUGAAGGUACAGGAAACUGGUUUUCCCCAUUCAUUGAAGCAUUACAUAAAGAUGAAGGCAAUGAGGCAGUUAAAGCUGUAUUGCUUGAAGGUAUCAGUCGAUUCAACCCAAAUGCAUUCAUGUGCCAAGCCUUGUCAAGACAUUUCUACCUUAAAGAGAAGGAUUUCAGCAAUGCUCUGAAGUGGGCAAAACAAGCCAAAAAGAUAGAACCUGACAAUUCCUAUAUCUCAGACACACUGGGUCAAGUCUACAAAAGUAAAAUAAGAUGGUGGAUAGAAGAUAAUGGAAGAAAUAGGAACAUUUCAGUUGAUGACCUAACUAAUCUUCUGGAAUUAGCUGUACAUGCCUCCAGUGCAUUCAGAGAAUCUCAACAGCAAAGUGAAGAUCGAGAAUAUGAAGUGAAGGAAAGACUGUAUCAGAAGUCAAAAAGGAGGUAUGACACUUACAACAUCGCUGGCUAUCAAGGAGAGAUAGAAGUUGGACUUUACACAAUCCAGAUUCUCCAGCUCAUUCCAUUUUUUGACAAUAAAAAUGAACUGUCUAAAAGAUAUAUGGUCAAUUUUAUAUCAGGAAAUAGUGAUAUUCCAGGUGAUACAAAUGAAUUUAAAAUGGUCCUCAAGAACUUUAUUCCUUAUCUAACUACAUUGCAAUCUUCUUUGAAGAAGUCCUUUGAUUUUUUUGAUGAUUACUUUGUCCUUCUAAAACCCAGGAACAACAUUAAGCAAAAUGAAGAGGCCAAAACUCGGAGGAAAGUAGCUGUAUCUUUCAAGAAGUAUGUAGAUAUAUUUGGUCCCUUAGCAGAAUCACAUAGCAGAGAUGUUGGAUCAAAACUCCAUUUGCCACUUCAAGUAGAGAGAAAUCGAAGAACCCUAGAAGCUUUAAAAGCAGAUAAGUUUUCUGGGCUCCUAGAAUAUCUUAUCAAAAGUCAAGAAGAUGCUAUAAGCACCAUGGAAGAUAUAGUGAACAAAUAUACUUUUCUCUCUGAACAAUGUAUUGUCAAAAUGCACCUAAAGGAAAAGCAAAACUUCAUCUUGGCCAACAUCAUUCUCUUUUGUAUUAAACCUGCCUCCAAACUAGUGAAGUCAAUUAAAAAACUGAAAGAACAGCUUCGAGAUGUCUUGCAACAAGUAGGACCAACUUACCAAUAUUCAGAACCUUAUUUCCUAGCUUCACUCUUAUUCUGGCCAGAAAACCAACAACUGGAUCAGGAUUCUAAACAAAUGGAAAAGUAUGCUCAAUCAUUGCAAAAUUCUUUCAGGGGGCAAUAUAAGCACAUGUAUCGUACAAAGCAACCUAUCGCAUAUUUCUUUCUUGGAAAAGGAAACAAUAUGAACAGACUUGUCCACAAAGGAAAAAUCGAUCAAUGCUUUGGAAAGACACCUGAUAUUAAUUUUGUGUGGCAAAGUGGAGAUGUGUGGAAGGAGAAAAAAGUCCAAGACCUUUUGCUUCGUUUGCAAGGACGAGCUGAAAAUAAUUGUUUAUACAUAGAGUAUGGGAUCAAUGAAAAAAUCACAAUACCCAUCACACCUGCUUUCUUGGGUCAACUUAGAAGUGGCAGGAGCAUAGAAAAAGUGUCUUUUUAUCUGGGAUUUUCCAUUGGAGGCCCACUUGCCUAUGACAUUGAAAUUGUUUAAGAGCCUAAUCUUCCUCCAGGAAGGUGGUCUCAUUCUCAAACCACCUAAUUUGAUUUAGAUCCAAGAACCAUACUUUAAAUUGGCAAAUUUUUAGACAUAGCCCCUGACUUUUCAGACCUACACAAACAAUAUUUAAUUUGCUAUCACAUUAAACAUUUGGUGAUUCCUAUAAAGAUUAUGGUGAAGAAGGAACGAGGGAGAGAUGUGGAAAGCAGCAAAUCCCUCCCUGGGUUUGGAUAACACCACGAAGGACAAAAUAAUAAGGAGCUGUGGAUGCAAUUAAGAGAGACAGACUUAGAAAGUCAGCCAUAUGGAACCCCACUGCUUCCCCCAGUAACUCCACCAAGGCAUGGAUUGAGUACAAGGAUCUACUUUCUUCUCAAAUGUGACAUUUUUUCAAAAUAAGAAAAAAAAAUUGUUUUGCUUCCAAGAUAUUGGACUAUCUGGAAAACAUUUCUCCAAAAUAUCAAAAACCUCUCAAGAUGAGAAGCAACAUUUAUUCUGACCAAGUAGAUCUUAAAUGUAUCCUGUGUUUGUCAUUUAUAGGUCUUCCAAGGAGAAGGGUCACCCGUUUCUCUAAAGGUCAUCCCCACAGAGGUCAGCAGAUCUUACCAAAGCAGACUGGGGAACUAGCUACUGAGUUUAUAAACCUCCCUCCAAAUAAACAAAUGGAGAAAUGCACCCAAACUCCAAAGACUGUGAACAAAAAGAACUCCUGAAAAGAUUACUGAGUUCCCCACCCAGGGGAUCCCAAUGCACUGGCAAGAUAUAUGUAUAACCCAUAUGUUGAAAAAAUGUAACCUGCAAGAUAGAAUCAGCGUAUAGUUUUCUUCUAAUAAAAUUAUGGAUAUCAUCAAUGGCUGCCAAACCCAUUAGAUGGAAUACUGAUUUUAAAGAAAAAACUUUAUAACCAAUUAAUCAGAUGGUCCUAAUCCUGAUUGAUAUGAACAUCACAGAGAAAAUCUGACUUUUCCGAGCUGGAAGAACCAUAGCAGUGUAUCACCCAUGAGAUGUUCUUGCCAAACGAUUAAAACUGAAUUUGAUCAACCAUCUAGAUCUUACUUCUCUUUUAAAACAAACACAAAAAAGAAAGCAUAUUGUUAAAUACAAGCACAGAUAUGCAAUCAACAUAUCCAGAAAGCAGAAACUCACAGUUCAAAAAAAUUUGAUUUCUUCAACAAAAAGAAAACAAAAUCAAUUCAAAACCAAAACAAACAAAAACAAAAAAGAGGGAGACUAAAGAUUAUAGGAAACUUACCAACUAAAUGCAACACUUAAAUUUUGGAUCCUGAACUGCACAAACCAAUACUAAAAGAAAUUAUUAAGCAAUCAGAAAUUUGAACACUGACUCGAUAUUUGAGAAUGUAAGGUUAUUGUUGAUUUGUUAGGUGAGAUGAUGAUAACAUGCUUACACUUUUUACAAGUCUUUUUUUUUUUCUUUUAGAGAUAUACACUCCAGUAUUUUUGAAUAAAUGAUGUGAUUUACGA